CACAUAGCGUUACCAGACAGUUGAAGGUGUUUAUUUGCAUUCAUUUGAGGAUUUGGCAUCUCUCACAAAAUUGAACAAAAGGUUGGCUGCGCUGAAAAAGCGCCAAUAAAAAUUUGGUUUUUUCAUUUGAACAGGAACGACAAUUAGCACAGAAUUAACAAAUUAUAAUUAUUGACGCACAUAUGUAAGUUAGAAAAUAAUAAUGUCAGCCGAUUAUGAACCAGCAUUUAGGGGCUCACGUGAAACGGCUGUUAGCGCUAUGCAUAAAGUCCAACAGCAGCUGCUGGGGCUUGCAGAUAAAGGCAAUAAGGACUCCAACAGGCGUCAAAUGCAACUAGCUUUAUCUGUAUUGCGUUCUAUUUGCUCUGUUGCCACGAAGCCGGGGGGCAACCAUUAUGAUGUCUAUUGUGAUACACUGGUGAACGUCCUGGCGAAGAAUAUACAACCAUCAGUCGGCGCGAAGUACUGGACAAUGUAUCUGGAGCAUGUACGGUAUUUGCAUCACAUUCUUGCAGAUAAGAAAUUGUUUAACGAAGCCGAAAGGCUAUGUGGUUUCGUAGCAAGUCUCCCUUAUUAUCUCCAAAGUGACGGGGACUAUAAGGUGUUGUUAGGAAUGUUUCUGCAGCACUUACUUAGCCAACAUAAUCACAUGAGCGUAAACGCCAGUCAGGCACAAGAGCACAUUGUGAGGAUAUUAGAUGCACUAAAGGAGUUGUUCAUACGAAUGCAAAAUUGCAACAAGGAAUAUAAUUUUACAUAUCCAGAGUUAAUAUCAGAUUUUGUGCAAUAUUUGGUACCGAAGCGUGUUUCCACAGUUUUUAAUUAUCUCGCAACGCUACCGUCCAGUAAAACACAGAUGUACGAUUCCUUCUUCUCACUUCUGAAAGAACUUCGUGCCCCGCAACCAACAAAAGAAGAGCUCCAAGCUCAUUGUCAACGCCAUAUAGAAGCGCUCACAGCCUUCUUCCAAUUGGAUGUAUCCGAUAGGUUACAACAGCAAUUAGCGUUACGACACAUGCGUACAUGUCGGGAUAUGUCUCUAUUUGCAAAUGACAAAAGCUCCAACUAUGUGUUUUCAUUGCUAUAUUAUCUGGUAAAAUUAGUGUAUGGCUUGCCCAACCCUGGAGAAUUCAAAGACGUCUAUAAAGAUUUAAGCGGAAAACUAACAACAUUCUUCGAUCGUUACGGGGAGAUGUUAAUGCAAGAACGAUGGUUUACAGAUGUACCCGUCGUGAUAGCUGUACUCUUGUCUCACCUACAACAUCACCCCACCACACCUUUCGCUUUCUUCUGGCAACACAUGAAUAACAUUGAAUGUUAUAUAUCGCAUUAUGAAUUAAUACUCGGCUGUUUACGGUUGGCACCCCGGAUUGCCGAAACUAAGCUACUAAGAAUUGAUUGCUGCACAAGCGCUAGGAAACAUACAAUAAUUUCCUUGGUGGUCAGUGGGCUAGCAGCGUACUCAUCUUACGCCUUAGCAGUCGAUGACUCAACAACCGAAAGCGAAAAACUCUUUAUUAGCCUUCGUACACAGCUACUUCUCUUGAUACGUCACGGAGUCAGUGUGCUCGACUCUCUCGUUUGUAUAACUCCUGAAUCGGCAGAAUUAAAAUUGAUCUUCUGCCGCUUUGUACAACUUACAAUGGAUAUGCGCACCCCGGCUCAAAUACGAUUGUGCUUAACACUGGCUGAAUUUCUGCUCCGCAUAAGACAUAAGUUCCCAAUCAAGGAUUGGACAUUGAUGCUAAGACGCCUGUAUAAAAUGUCUAUUAAAGCGAACGAUGCCGGCUUGAUCGCAGAUUUGCAUGCGGCACAUAUUUCCUCAAUGCUUCAAGAGGGUCCGUGGCCCGACCUUUCGCUACUGCGAACACGCAUUGGCCACUUCCACACUGCCUCGCCACAUAUCACAGCUGGCCAAUGUAUUUUGCAGCUAUCUUUGCAAAGUCAUAGCCCCUUCAAGGUUUUUCUGGACUCUCCACAAAAGCAUUUAUUGCAUUGGUUGGAGACGCAACAGUUUCUCAAGUAUCACAAGUCCAACGAACAGCUUCAAAUAACUCUAAUGCAGUGCAGCCCAACACAGUACAAUGAGGUGUUGGUUGCACGUGGUGUUGGUACUUUGCAAGCAGCAGCAGCUGCCCGAUUGAGCCAAAUCAAAAGUGAGUUAGAAAAUAAAAUGCAUAAAACUGCUGGGCUGACCCGUCUGGAACAGCUCUGUUGGGCGCAUGUAAACACAGCACUACUCCACGAUACGUUGAAGCUGCAGAAAGAAUCGCGGUCUGUUGAAACAAAGUUUCAGGAAGAUAAUCUCGAAGAAUUGUUGCAACGUAAGGAAUUGGCAACGGUGACAGUAGUGAAUGAGGUAAAACUGGUCAAGCAAGCUCAGACAGCUGUGAAGGGAUUUGAAAAAUUCUAUGAGGAGGCUGACACUGAACCUAUCAUUACCAAUGAGGUGUACAUCGACUGGGAGGCCAUUGUUGAAGACGUAACCAACUUAGCGCUUUAUUUCCAACUGUCCGGCUACUCGGACUUGGCAACGGACGCUUGGGUUCUACAUUACCGUAUAACCAACAUGAUUGAUGAUACAUACAAUUCACUUCGAAGUCUUUCGUACUUCUGUGAACACAGUCAAUACUUCAUCACCUUAGAAAGGGGCAUCGAUUUAAACGAAGAAGUGGGGCAAAAACAGAAUUUCCUAUAUGUGGCCAUGCAACAGCUGCCAACGCUUCCUAAACGUUUUCAAAACUAUGUGCUCAUGAGCCUCUGCCAGUUGGCCCACUAUUAUGCCAGCAAGGGCCAUCUCAGUUAUUCGGAAAUAUUGCUUGAGUGGGUGCAAAAAGAGCAUGGUGAGCUUCCCAACCAGCAGGGCAAAUAUAAUGUGGUACUUGGCACAGUCGACGUGGUCAAAUUUCGUAUUUUGUGGAAACAUCUAGGCAGUAGCCAAUGUCAGAAAGACGUACAACUCUCACAACGUAGCAUGCUGCGUGAAAUGGAAGGCACAUUGGAACGAUUUCGUGGCGAUUUUUUCAAACUCUCCACCAGUGAACUAAUGUCUUAUACAAUUUUGUUGUUGAGCCUUAUUGAGCAAGUGGCGGAGUGCGCAGCCAAUCGGCUGUGUGAUCACUUUGUCAAUUCAUAUUUCGCAGGCACUUUCAAGCUAUUAUUGCAAUCGGGCUCAGCAUUACGCAUAAUACAAAUGUUAGCGAUGUGGGCGUGGAAUAAUUUGCAGAUGGAGCAUGUGAAAAAGGCGCAGACCAAAGUGAAACUGAUAGAAUACAUAUUGGGAGUGAAAAGCCUAGAAUAUCUGCGACAAAUGAGUGAAGAAGCUGCUGUUGAAAAAAAGUUGUCUGCACCGGUUACGUACACAGCAUUGGAGUUGUUGCAAUCGGGUAUGGAGCCGUUGCGUAAAAUGAUACCGCCACAUUGUACACCCAAUAUAAAGGUUAAGAUGGAACUUAGUCCGUCAACGCGAGGCGAAAAUAGUCUCAACCGCUUUCUUCGUAUACAAUGCAACGAUACGCUUCGAGAGUAUGAAAUUCUUCAGUGGUGUUGCUUCACGGUUGGCUGCUUGAAUGCCAGACUCUACUUCCUUGCCGAUAAUCAUGAUAAUCUGCAGGACUUCUAUGAAACUAGUCAGCAAUGGCUGGACAAGCACAAGCAAAAUACACAUUUACGCAUAAGUUUUCAGAAUAUACAACUUCUAUGCUUGCAGCAUUACGUCAACUUCCUACGUUCACAUAAGAAAUAUGAAAAGGCGUUGGCCUAUCUCAAAGCGGCACUGGCUAACUGCACUGACAUGAAGGGAAAUGUAGACACUGUGUAUGAAAUACAUUUUUUGCUACAAUUGCGCGCCACAAAAAUAGAGAUGUCAUUAAAGAAAGAGAAUAUAAAUCGAGCUGGCUUGCGGCGUGCGCUCACGUUCAACGUAUCGCCAGAUUUAGAUAAGCCGGAAUGCGAAAAUUUGGUAGCAGUAUCUAUGGCACCAGCCAGCGCACGAAAAAAAUUAACAGCACCCACCUUCAAAAUAUACGGCAGCAAUGGUAACACGCCUGAGCUUACACCGAAACGCAUUGUCACGGUCGCGUCAGCGGUUUGUAAAACGAAAGAAAAACUGGUGCCUUCGCACUCGGUAUCGAGUGUGAGGAAAACGAGAAAACGUUUGGUAGCUGAAAAUGAACAAAAAACUCCAAUGAAAGCAAUCGUAAGCUCCACAAAUUCAAAAUCGAAUAUAAAGUCUUUGACAGCAAGGAAAUUACGUGAAUUCCGGGCAGCAGCUAGCGACUCGCAAAGUAGUUCGUCCUAUUCCACGCCCGAAACUGAUACGGACAAUAUUUUGAAUCAAUGCCAACGUAUAGAAUCAAUCGAUUUGUCGGACAUCGAUAACGCCAAUAAGACUCGAAAAGACCUUCCAAAUUCUAUUACUAAAUCCAAUGCCAAACAACAAAGCGCACUCAAAGCCAGAAAGCUUCGUGAGGAUAUAUUGAAUAUUUGUCAGAAAAUUGAAUCAAUUGAUUUGCUGGAAGACGAUGAGCGCACAAUAAUAGCAAAUCAGAGUGGCACGCCGCCCACCAUGCCCGAGGAGAUCAAACCGAAUAAAUCAUUAGUUAUCGAUAUUUCUGAUGACAUUGAUGACACUCCACCAAAAACGAAAACUUCAACCACAAAAAAUACCGCUAAAAAAGUACCGCGCACCGAGCAAGCAAAACGCAAAAGUAAGGAAACAAAAGCAAACAAUGCGUCGGCAGAAAUGAGCACAUGCGCCACGGGCGAGACAACCUCAGUAAUGUCAAGUGAACCACGCGUGCGGGUUGUGGAAAAGAUCAAAAUAACAGAGGACAUAAAAGCCAUAACUACAAAGACAAAGACGCGUGCGAAGACCGAAGUACGCACCCUGAAAGUGAUAACCAAAGACACCGAAAUUAAGGUAUUAUCGCCCAGCACGAAAUCGACUACGAAGGGCAAAGAGAAUGCAGUCACAAAAAACGGCAGCAGCAGCAGCACAACUCGUGGGCGACCGCGGACGGCGGCCCGCAAAGCUUCCAACAAAGACAAUGACGCAAAUGUUGCACCACCCGUGACAGUCAGCAGAACGCUAAGCAAACGUGCCAGGCAAUAAUUUUGCAUACAAUAUUUUAUUUAUUAUGUUAUACGUAUGUAGUUAAAAGCCUCUGCUGCUCUUUCUAUAUUUUACUUAUAUGCAUAUGUUCGUAUUUUCAAACUAUUCAUUUACAUAUGUAUGUUUUUUCAUUGUAUUCUAACUUCACUUGCUUUUAUUUUAUUUUCUAUUCUCAUACAUUUUAACAAUGAAACAAUAAUGGUGUACACCUUGUAUUCCGCACAUUCAUAAAGCCAGUGGUGAUUGAUUUUAUUGACUUCAAAAUGAUUUCAAAAAUGCAAUGCAGUGAAACUUUUCAGAGGGGGGAACCUAUGAAAAACGCAAACUUGAAAAAGUCGAAAAAUGUUCGGCCCUAUGCUGAAUAUCGUAAUCGGCAUCGUCGACGAUCGUGAUGAUAUAUUUGUGAUCAGCGACCCUAAACACAUUCGAAUCCGCCUUGACUUAAUAACUGACAACUGUUUUAACCAACUGAAUGACAAAUUUACGCAUUUACGGACAUGACGUCUUCUAACGGUCGCUGCAUUU